CCACCACCACCAGCACUACACAUCAACGUCGCGUCGUGCGUAUGUGUAUGUAUAUACUGUGCGCAGCCGUCGUGCGCGAACCACACGCAUGAACCCGCGCAAGUGUUGUAUAUGUAUGUACACGCGUGAAAUGAAUAUAUAUGUGUUUGUGUGUGUGUAUGUGUAUGUGUGUGCCUUCUCUUGGACGCGAGUAAGCGUCGUGUGUCGUACGCAGAGUACGACGAGCAAGUGUUCCGAUUCUGACACGAUGACACGACCGUGCUGGGAAAACGUGGGACGACAGUGAAUAUACGUGCGGGCGCGAGUGCUUCUAUAGACGCGUUCGAUCGUGUUUUAUCUUCUAUACUUUGCCGUUGCUCCUACUCGACGCAGGAGGACGAACUCAUCGAAGACCAUCAAUUUCGAAUUAGAGGUCUGCUGCGUUUCAUCGUCGCAGGACACGCCGUGAUCUCGCGUAGGAGAACGGACGGAGUGUAUGUGCAUGUGUGUGCGUAUGUGUGUGGUGAGUGAGAGAGACAGAGAGAAAGAAAGAAAAAAGAGUGAGAGAGUGAAAAAGAGAGGGAGAGAAAGAAAGAGUGAGAGAGAGAGAGGGAGAGAGAGAGAAGUGGAUAUCGAUGAACAUGGUUCGAACGUUUCUGGCCGGUUUUUCAAUGAGCACGAAAGAUCGAGGAUCUUUCGAUACGAGAAUCGUGUCUCUCUCGCGAGAAAUUUGUUAAAUUCUAUGGUAGCAAUAUGUGAAAAGGCACCGCUUCAUUGAGAAGACGAAAUAUCCCGAACGAUGUGCCAGUGAAACUGGCGUGAAAAAUCGUAUCCGUACGUCGGAGAAGCUCUCCGGCAUUGCAAAUGGUGCUUAACCUAACCUUUCGUUCUUCUAUGCUCGUCGUCACGGUUUUUCUCGCUGCUGAGCGCGUUCUUUCGAGAUCUUGCAGGGAACUGAAAUUGGAGAGAGAGAGAGUGAGAGUGUGUGUGUGUGUGUGUGUGUGUGUGUGUGUGUGUGUGAGUGAGAGAGAGAGUGUGAGAGAGUGUCCAAGACACCGAGAUCGGGCUCCUCUUUUGCAUUCGUAAUUGUACGUUAAUCUUUCUUCUUUAUCGAAGAACAUCGAUUUUUUUUCAUCUCCUCGAUAUAUAAAGUCGAUCGUGCGAUUACAAUUCUAGCUUCCUCUUUUUUUUUUCCCCCCUCUCUCUUUUCUCACUUCGUAAUUUUUCUUCCUUCAUAGUUACCAGAUAUUCUAUCGCGAUGAAACGAUUUUGAUCUCUAAUCAUUUUUUUAAUAAACUUUUCCAAUCGACCAUUUCAUAUCCAAUACAGAGAACAGCUUUCUUUAUUUUUAAAGUUACAUGUGCAUUGAUAUUUAAAUUAAAGAUGAUUCUUGAUAUAAUAUGAUAAACUUUUCCCCCCCCAUAGAGAGAUUUGCAUCCAAAUCAUACUGACAGAAAGUUUCUUUUGUAUCUAUUUGAUUUAUCAUAUUAAAAAGUUAUUGAAAUUUAUUGAAUCUCUAAUGUUUGUCGUUCAACAGCAGUGAUUGUGGUGUUCAUGUCAGUAUUCGAUGGAAAUGACAGAAAUAAGAAUGUAUUUUGAAUGCUAGGUUUUCGUCCUUUGCUUGAGAAUUACAAAUUCAAUAAUCUUUAUGAAAUCUUUGAUUUUUGAAUAAGAGUAUAAAGAGUAGCAUUAGUUAAUGUUUUUGUGUUGUGCAAUGUGGAUCCGUAAAACAAAGCUCUAAUUUUGUGUAAGUUGACAUUUCAAUACUUGUGUCAAGCUGGUGCUGGCGGUGGUGGUUACAUAGUGACGUUACAAUCUGAUUGUGACAGAGAAUUACUAAAUGUUAUGGAAGAAAGAUAAAAAGUCUCUAUGAAAUGGAUAAUAAAAGGAACACAUGCUCUGGGAAUUGAUGGGUAUAUGCUUUUCCUGCAGGAGACCUACUAGCAGCAGGUUGAACAGUAAGAUCUCUGAGCACAUUUCGGCGUCGGUAACUCCCCUCCAUGUUUGUCUGGAGGAACAAAGAGGACCAGAACUGGGCUUAUGUGACGCCUCAGCUCACAAGCCACAGGUCAAAAAGGUUUUUGAAAAUUACAAAGCACAAGAAGAGGCUGCAGAGGAAAAAUUGGAGAUUGGACUAGUUGUAAUUGAUAUUGGAGAGGUGGAGCAAAACCAGUCGAGUAUGGCCAAUACUAUUAGUAAUAUGAAAAUGACUAACCCCAUAAAGGGGCUUGUCAGUAAACGUCGUAAACGUUUCAAAGAAGAUGGCUUCGAUCUUGAUCUCACAUAUAUACGAGAUAAUUUAAUAGCUAUGGGAUUUCCUGCUGAAAAGUUGGAAGGAGUAUACAGAAAUCAUAUUGAUGAUGUUGUCAAACUGCUAGAAUCUAAACAUAAGGAUCAUUAUAAAAUUUAUAACUUAUGUUCCGAGAGAUCCUACGAUUUUAACAAGUUUAAGCAAAGAGUUGCUACGUAUGCAUUCGAUGAUCAUAAUCCACCAAGGUUGGAACAAAUUAAGCCAUUUUGCGAAGAUGUACACACGUGGCUUUCUUUGCAUAAAGAAAAUGUAGCAGUAGUUCACUGUAAAGCAGGUAAAGGACGAACUGGUGUUAUGGUAUGUUGCUACCUUCUUCACAGCAAACAGUUCCCCACUGCCACAGAAGCUCUUAACUAUUAUGGUACCAAAAGAACACACGAUAGGAAAGGAGUAACAAUACCUUCCCAAAGGAGGUACGUGGGUUAUUAUGCUACUCUCGUUCAAGAGGGUCUAAAUUACCAGCCAAUUACAUUAAUUCUACGGAAAAUUCAAUUGGAUCCAGUUCCCAUUUUUAACGGGGGCCAAGGCUAUCUGCAUUUUGUAAUAUCUGAAUCAAAUAAGAAGGUAUUUAGUUCAGAAGUUCAUGAAGUACGAAAAGGAAUGCAUUCUAUUUGUAUUCCAUUACAACAUAAUGUGGCUCUAACAGGUGAUAUUCGAGUGGACUUCUAUAACAGGCCAAAAAUGAAAAGAAAGGAAAAGCUGUUCCACUUUUGGUUUAAUACAUUUUUUGUACGUGAUCAUGUUUUAUCUGAAUACGAUAACGGGGAAUUACCGGUUGAACGAUCGACGAGGGCAUUGAGUUGCGAUGGUACAGCCAUGGAAUUACCGAUGGUCAUGUCACAUGUAAAACCCCGAACAGGAUCUCUAGCUAGCCUUGGACCCAUGCCACCUACUCUUGUUUUGAGUAUAGACAAGUGGGGCUUAGACGACGCACAUAAAGACAAACAUCACAAAAUCUACAGUGCAGAUUUUAAAGUUAGUUUAUUUAUGCACCGAGUUGGUGGAAGUAAUUCGCCGGCUGUGCCAGCGACAACGAAUAGGUUGGGAGAGGGUCUACAAAUAGGAAUGGGUGGUCAGGAAACGCCCAGCGAAUCCAGUGAAGCGGAUAGCAGUGAAUGCGAUACAACGGGAGAUGAAGAUGGUUGGGAAUCUGGUGAGUCUUCUGCAUCUCUGGUGGUGAAUCACCACAAUCUUACACACAGCAGUAGCCAUACACAUGUUAAUACCCACCAAAGAACUAGUCUCAGAGAAACAGCUAAAGGUUUACUCUCACGUGGAGAUAAAAGUAGGAAUAGCCCUAGGCAAAGCACUGCUAGUGUAAAACGUUCUUCAACAUUUGUUCGUUCAUCCACGUUAGAUACAUAGUCGAUUCGUUGAUCUUGGAAACUCUUAGAAACUGAGUUCUUUCAACUAGCAUUAUACUUUGCAGAUUUACGUAACUUCAGUUUUUAAGUUUCAAAAGAUUUGUAGUGUGUGUGUGUUUAUAUACAUCGUAUAUACAUACAUAUACACACAUAUAUAUAUGUAUGUAUAUAUGUAUAUAUGUAUGAUGUAUGUAUGUAUAAUAGUAUACACACAUGCAACACAUACUCUAUUUUAUACACACACACACAUACACGCACACUAUUGCUUGAUAAGAGAGUACAAUCUAAAGACAUUUAUUAUUUGACUUUUCCGCACUAUUUCAGCAUGAAAUGUGGUAAAGCAUCUACCAAAAAUGCAUAAGGAUUCUUUUUUAUUUUGAUCAUGGUUGGAAAUACUUGCAAUCCCGUUUUUUAUGACGUAUGCUUUUUUUCUCAGUUAGAAUAAAUAUUGUCAAAAUAUAUCAAUCUUUCAUUGAAAAAUUUUUUAUUAAUCUUGCAAGUAGUAAU